UGCACUUAUUAUAUUAGAUGGAUUUACACUUGGAAAGGAACCCGAUGUUUUUGUGAGCAUUCUAAGUUUAUUAAUCAGAUAUGAUGUUACGGAAAACCCAUGUAUAUCAUAAAAUACUUGCAUGGUAAUCUUUUGUUUUGGGUUUUACAGGAUUAAUCCACAAACUGGAGGAGUUACAAAGUUCGAAGAGGAUACUGUAAGCGUUCACAAUGCAGGUGCUGGAUUUUCCACAAUUUUGAAAAACAAUUCGAGCUUGCUACCAGAUACGUCACUGGAUGCUAAGACUCACACUGGAAUGCACGAUCGUAUUAUUAAAAAUGCAAACUCUUCCAGUGGUCAUGUAUUUUACGACACAGCAGAACCUAACUUUACCGAUCGUGACAAGCUCAAUUUAACACCGAGGACGGGUUUAAUUGAGAAUCAAGUGACAGACAAUAUCAGUUCACCCGGGUGGCCCGGUUUAACGCAAAGUUUUUCUAGUGCUCGCGAAAAACGCCGAUACCCACGAAGAUUCGAUAGAAUAGGGCUAGCAUGUGACCUCACAGUUGAUGAAUUCGGAAAGCUCGAUGACUCACCUAAUUCUAGUGUCAAUGCAACGCUGGGGCAUGGAUUUGACGAUCAAACGUAUGAAUUUAGUGGAAAUCUGAAACCAGAGGAUACUACUGAUCCACCAGAUGAUGAUGAAGAUUACAAGCGUUACUGCAUAUGUCGAGAUGUAAGUUAUGGUGACAUGAUAGCAUGCGACGCCCCAGACUGCCCCUUUGAAUGGUUUCAUUACGCUUGCGUGAAUCUAACCGUUGCACCAAAAGGUCGGUGGUUUUGCCCUACUUGCGCUAAAUCCUUAAAUAAUAAGAAAGGCAUCAAGAAAAGUUCAUCUAGGAAAUAAUGACUGCUUCAGAUGUUCAGGGAAGGCCAAAGAACCAAUAAAGUGCUUGAGAGCAAUUCUGAUAUAU